UCUUGUAUCUUGUAUUAUUUGCUCAGUGGUAGUGGUAAAAUGAUAAAAUCUGUCACACAAAAAUAACACAAAUAAAUCUUGUGAUUGCUAAAUGUUUAUUUAUUUGAUUAAAAUAUCAUGUGUUUCGUAGCUACCAACAAGAGCUAGUUCCUCUAGUGGCUUUUAGUUUCACGUAUUCUAACGCAGACAAUGAAACGGAGGUCUGAUAAUGAUGAAUAAUAGGCUUUUAAACACCCUGGCUAAUGCGAUAGACAACAAAGAAGAGAUUAAAAAAAGAACUGAGAAUGGUGCCCAAGCAAUGCAGGAAUUACUAUCAUGUGUACAAAAUUGUCAGAACAGAUUUGGUGGAAAAUCAGAGCUAGCUACUGAAGAUGAUAUAAGAAUAUUACAACUAUGUGAGAAAUGGGAAAAGGUUCUUAGUCAUGGUAUAAAAGCUAACUUAUCAAGUUCUACUAUACAAAAUCUAGUCACAGCUGGGUUAAAUUUUACAUUCAGUAUAGUCAAUGUUGGUAAUUCUCUUUGGAGCUAUUGUUGUUUACACAUGACGAAACAUGAGAAAGAAAGGUUUAAAAUCCUGUCCAAUAUUAAUACACCAGUGGGCUACUUCAGGGCUUUUCUAAGAGCUUCAUUGAAUGAAAGAUCAUUAGAAAGAUAUCUUCAUAGUUGGAUAAGUCAUGGACUUUUAAAAGAGUAUUACGAUGAAGGUGCAUUGAUCAGGGAUGCCGAGGCCUCCAAUUUACUUCCUAACAUGGCAGCCGGCUUAUCAUCUGUUUUGUUUGCUUUAUCAAUCGACAGAGCUGAAUUGAAUGAAACGCAACAAGCGAACCAGCUCAGUAGACCGGAGCUCGUGAUCCCGCUGCCGACGCCGGUGAAGCCCGCGGGCCAUUCGAGGAGGAAGCCGCUGCGGCAGGUCAUCUCGUUCGACAAGAAUGAGCAGACGAGCGGUGAGAUGAAGGAGAAGCUCGCGUCGCUUGGAGCGGGGCAGGAGGAGGCGUGGCGCAGCGCGCCGGCCACGUGCCUGAGCUCGCCGGACCCCGCGGCGCCCCCCGGCGGCGGCGGCGGCGGCAGUGAACCCACCAGCUCUGACGUCAGGAGCGGCAUCCGGCACUUCUUCCCGGACAGCGUGAGCUCCGCGCAGAUCCUCACGAAGCUGUCGGAGCGCGCCAAGGAGAUGUUCUCGUCGUCGCACAGCAUUGACGCCGGCGCCUCGCAGCGCGACGACCGCAGCGCCAGCAACCUGCGCAUCUCGGAGAGCGACAGCGAGGAGGCGGCGGCCAGCAUCGACGGCUCCACGUCCUGCCUCGAGCUGUGCUUCGACGACGACGCCGACCCGCGCGCGCUGCACUCCGCGCUCGAGAUCAGAGAGAAGGAGUACUUGGCGCUACAAAUGAAGUGCAACGAAAUAGAAUUAGGCUCGAAAGACAAGAUUUCCAGGCUAGAAAAAGUGGUAUUAGAUCUGAGCAAGGAGAACGAAAGGUUGAAAGAACAGCUGCGACAGUACAUGUCGGCGGUUGAAAUGGGAAAAGCUCUCAAGAGUGGCGACGGUGAUACUGAGGUUAAUGAAUAUGAGAAGAAACUUGUGCAAGUGGCGGAGAUGCACGCAGAACUAAUGGAAUUCAACCAGCACCUGCAGCGGCGCCUGCAGGAGGCCGAGGCGGCGGCGGCGGCGGCGGCGGGCGCGGGCGAGCCAAGGACAGACUGCAAUGUGAAGGCGUACAUCCCCGCCGCUUUCCUCGUGGGGAAGAAGACUAGGACGUAUCAUGUUUAUCAGAUAUUCCUCAAGAUUGGCGCCGAGGAAUGGAACGUCUACCACAGAUACGCCAAGUUCCAUGAACUACACACUCAAUUGAAGAAGAGUCAUCCAGACAUCGCCAGCUACAAGUUUCCACCUAAGAAAACUUUGGGGAAACGGGACGCGCACCUGGUGGAGCAGCGUCGGCUGGCGCUGCAGGCGUACCUGCGCCACGUGCUGAGCGCGCGCGCCGACCUGCGCGCCGCCGCCUCGCGCGCGCAGCUCAUCACCAUGCUGCCGUUCUUCGGAACAUCUUCAACAGCUCGAGAAAAUGGAACCUUCAACACAACGGUGGCUCGUGAUCAAAACAUGUCCAGUUACGCAGCUUUGUAGUAGCAUAUACUUUACCUUCAUUGUGCGUGUCUAUAGUUUUCAAUAGAUAUUUUCCGAUAGAGGCGGCACUUAGCAUACGUGAAAACGUUACUUUGUUUGUGUUACCUAUCAUAGUUUCUGCUAACUCCAACCUCCUUCCAAAACUGCCAUUUAUACACUAAACUCUAUGUGCUAGCUAUUGAAAAAUAAUAACAUCCAGAAUUCCAGAGUACCGAUUGAGCAUUAAUUACAUGUGCCUGUAAGCUGCCCCUGGCACUUAUAAAGUAGGUACGCAUUUGUACAAGUAGGUAUAUUAUAACAUUUCAUCGAAAGAAGUAUUCAGCAUCCAUCGAAAUAUAACAUAUUAUUUAACAUUCCAUGACAUUAUUAUUUGCAAUACACAAAGUGUAUGUGUAGGUUGAAAACUCCCUAUGUUAAUGAAUUAUCGUUAUAAAAUAAAAAAAUAUAAGAUGUAUUGUUUUAGUUGUAUGUGUAUAGAGGUCAGAUAAUAAUUAUUUAAUCCGAAUAGAGCAAUUAUUAUUUAUAAUCAAUUUAAUGUACGAAGUUAUUGUACGGCAGGAUCAAUAGUAUUUUUAACAGUGCACCGUAAAAUAUGUAGAUUUCAAUAAUCUCUUAGUCUGUGAUAUAUAUAGUUAAAUAUUUUAAUUAUUACAAAACUGUAAACUCAUUCAUAUCUAAGAUUGAUCAUUGAUCAAAUAUAUUAGGUACUUAUUUUUAUAUAUUGACAAGAAAUACAGAUCUGUAUUAUCUUUAACAUAAGUAUUAUUGAACAUAAUGAUUUACUUUACAUUAAUAAUGAAGUUGAAGUAGGAAUCCUAUAAUUUUAAACCUUAUCAUUCAGUAAAAAAGUGGGAUGUAUUUUGUUUUCUUUUAUUUAACUUGUAGCAAUUGUCUGAUAGCAGGUAUAAUGAUAUCUAUAGAAGUGAUACACGAAAUAUUUAAGGAUCAAUGUACAAUUUCCAACAGCCAAAGUUUAAAGGUACAAUGAACUGAAGAAGUUGAUAAAUACUGUAAAUGAGUAAACACGAUUGCUUAUUUUAUCGUCAUUUAACACAUUAUAUGUAAUAACAUUAAUUAGUAUUUUAUUAUGAUUUAAUAAAUUAUUAUGAUUCAAACAAUGACUUUACUAUUCUCCUAUUUCUCGUGCUUUGAUCAUGAUAGGGGGUGAGACAAAAUAGGUUCACAAAAUAAUAAGACUCUCUAGCAAAUUAAAUUCAUAAUUUUAUUUUGUAAUAAAUAAAAAAAUCAAGAAAACGCUCUUUUUGAGAAUUUCCCAUAUAUUAAAUACAUCAUACAAAAGAUGUCAAUACAAACUAAAUCACUUGGUGCAAAGGCAAGCCUGUCGGGCAGCCCGCCCUGGCGCCGGCGACAUCAGUUUGAGCUCUCUGUACAACAGGCGAGUGAAACCGAGGAUAGCCUCUUGUAUUACCUACACUUUAACAAAACAAAACAAUCUAAACUUAAAGAUUAACAAAGACGCAAUCAGCUUUACUGCACUAUUGCAUCUCUGUGAAAAUCUCCCAAAUUUUUAAAGAAAAUAUAUGCAAUUUGAUCAUGAUUGUAAAAUAAUGUAAAAAGAGGUAUGUAAAAAAGCGUACAACACUUCAAAAGUGAACCGAGAGAUAAUUUUGGUUUAUGAAAAUACAAUAAAUAAAAAUAUAAAUCGAUCAUCUAACUUAAGAGUGAAAUAAUUUACUAUAACUUUACACCUACUAAAUGAUAUAAAUGUAUUGCAACACAAUAAGGAGUUUUGGAACUUGCAAUUCUGGGUACACGGGGGUGUAAUUAUGUAUAUUUAUUUGUGGAAUAAAUCUAUGAAUUGUGAUUUAUCUUUGGUUUCCUGACAACUUAUUUAGCCAUGGUUCCACAACUCCUCAUAAAAUGCAGUGCUGGGGCCGGCGACGUCCACACUGCACACUCUUGUAAUAUUUAUAAGUACUAAUGUAAGUUACAGAUCUACCAUGAAAGCGGAUGAAUUGGUUAGAAGCUAAUAGAGAACUUUAAAUCAAUACAAGGGUUUAUACAACCGGCUAUAACAAACUAUGAUAAUCGAAUAUGUGAUGCUGAAUCAUUUGUGUCCGUUUACAAUCGUUAAUGUACGUGCCGCGAUCGUAACUUACAGCUAAUUACAAUCGAGACAUAGCUACACGAGAAUCACAAACGAGAAGUGGUAUAAUGGGAUACUAAACAAACAUCACAGCUCACAAGCAAAACGUGAAGGUGCUCGCGCAACGCAGGGUCAAGCCAGGGAUGCAAUGAGUGAUCACAUGACAACACACAAUAACUUUAAUCUCGGCCAAAAUGUGUUAAAAAUGCAUUGGUAUUUUUACAUGACAAAUAUUAGUAUUUAGAAACCAGAUCCAAUGUUAUUAGUUGAAAGCGACUUUCAUGCUCGGGGGAGUACAAAAAUCGCCCACUAAUUUAGUUUAGUGCAGUUCCGGUGGCUCGAAUCGAGUCUGAGAGCGUGGAACUUGCUAGAGCCAGCAAGUCGCCCAGACACACACACACGCGGUAACCAAUGCUAGUGACGGGCAGUGCUAGGAGCCGCUCUAAACUAAAUUCAAUGCUGUCAAGGUGCUUUCAUAGUGUUAUUUUAUAGCAUGUAACGGCUGUCAGCAUUAAAUUUAGCAUACAGCUGAAGCUACCACUGAAUGGCGGAAGUGAGUUAUACACAUUAUCACUCAUAGCACCUUCUGUAAUGGAAGGUCUAAGCUCCGUUUAACUAAUUAAAUGCUCACAUAUUCGCAUAACAACGCUUAUCACAAUAUAUAAAAAUAUAUAUUAAAGAAGCUUAAACUACACCUACACAUCGAAAGAUGCACACUGGUUUGCAUUUGCCACCACACGUGGAAUACGAAGGCAUGAAGCCGUCAGCAUAUUUUUUUAUUAUUUUUUAGUUUUUUUUUGUGCGGCAGCAGAUGCUUGUCUGCAAAUAAUUCACAGCGUAACCUUAAACUUUAGGUAAUAUUGCAUCUUUAAAAUGAAAAA